GGUCACGUCCCGGGUUUCGCCGCGCGCGUCGCCGAGUGCAACGAGAUCACCGAGGCGGACCUUGAGGCGUACGUGCCCCUCAUCGUCGCGGGCAAAGCCGUCGGUUUGAUGCAGCCGUCGUUCGCGGACGAGCUCGUGCGACACGGCGACGGGGUCUUCGCGAUGGACCCCGACGCCGCGCAGACCGUCGAGCAGCGCACCGCCGCCGCCGCGAACGUCAUGGCCGCGCUCAGAGACGCGGGAGUGAUCACCGGUUGGCGCGACGAACUCUUCCCCGUGAACGAAUCGUACGGCGAACCCCCGGUGAUGCUCGUGGAACGAGCCGCGGCGUCGUUGCUCGGAAUCCGCGCGUACGGGGUUCACGUCAACGGGUACACGACGGCACCCGACGGCACCCUCCGGCUGUGGGUCGCCAGACGGUCGAUGACCAAGCCCACGUGGCCGGGGAAGCUCGACCACCUCGUCGCCGGCGGGCUCCCCCACGGCGUCGCGCCCGGCGAGUGCGUGGUGAAGGAGUGCGGGGAAGAGGCGUCUGUACCGGUGGAACUGGCGAAGACGGCGACGCCCGUGGGGGUCAUCACGUACAACGCCAACUACCUCGGGUGCUGCAAGCGCGACGUGCUGUUCUGUUACGACCUGGAGCUGCCGGCGGAUUUUGACCCCGUCGCCGCGGAUGGCGAAGUGGAAUCGUUUGAGCUGUUCGACAUUCCGCGGCUGAUGGACACUGUGUCGAGCACGGACGAGUUCAAGACGAACUGCGCGGUGGUGAUCAUCGAUUUCCUGGUGCGACACGGGUACCUGUCGCCGGAGGAGCCGGGGUACGCGGCGCUGGUCAAGUCGCUGCGGCAGUGA